AUGCUGUGGGUAGCUCCAGAGCUCCGAUCACCCUGCCCCAUCCUACCCUGCUCCACCUCCACCCCCAGUGAGAUGAGUGAGGCCCAAGACCCUGCCUAUGUCCCUGUGGUUACUACUCACUUGAGCCUGGGGGGCUGCAGCUGGCAAGGAGGAGGCACUGGGUUUCUCCACUCCCGGCAACACAAGGAGCUCCAGGCCUUCCUCAGUCUUCUGGAGGACAGCCUCAUCCAGGAAUUCCUCUCUAAAGACCCCUGCUUCUGGAUUUCGGAUAAGUAUCUCCUGGCGAUGGUGCUGGUCUACUUCCAGCGUGCUCACCUGAAGCUCAGCGAGUAUACCCAUAGCAGCCUGUUCCUGGCACUGUACCUUGCAAAUGACAUGGAGGAGGACCUAGAAGAGCCCAAAUGUGAGAUUUUCCCAUGGGCCCUGGGAGAAGAUUGGUACCUUCAGGUGGGAAAAUUCCUGCACCAGAGGGACAAGCUAUGGGCACGGAUGGGCUUCCAGGCAGUGGUGAGCCGCCAGUGCUGUGAGGAGAUCAUGGCAAUGGAGCCAUCCCACUGGGCUUGGACUCGGGAGCGGCGCCCCCACCAUGGCGGGGUUCAGAGGGGCUGUCCACAGGUCCCAGGCCGCUUCCCCCGGGGCCCUGGCCUCUCACCACCCCACUGUUCCCUCUGUGGCUCAUCCCAGCACCACAGCCACCACCAUCCUUUGCCUGCAUUAUCCAAGUGCCCAGCCCUGACCUCAGAGUGCCAUCAUCCUCAUUCCCAAAAUUAUCUCUCAGGGGUCAAAAACCCCUGGGGUGGAGAGUUUCUCAUCAUUUUGCCCCCUCAGAUGCAGCUAGAGCCAGGCACCUACACCUUCCACAUCUUCCCAAAGCCUUCACCACGCCCCAGGCGCUGA